AGAAGAAAGAAAGAGACGAAAGACAUAGGGAAGAACAAUUGGAGAGAGAAAGAAUAUACGCAGAAACCCAGCGAGAAAAGGAAGAGCGAGAAAGGGAACGAACUGAGUAUGUUGGUUAUGGGCAGCUGACAAACUCAGGCUAUGACAGCGCAGGUCGUGAGUAUGAAAAACCGGACUCCGCUUACCUCCCUGUAUCAUGCAAUCCAUACGUGAGGCCACCGACCGUUUGCAACGACUACAUGGAACCUGCAGCUAAUCCACGCUUCCAAGAAGAAUCUGACUCUGAAGAUGAAGCGAACCCUGAAGAUGAAGCGAAGUCUGAAGAUGAAGCAAAGCUUGAAGAUGAACCAAAACUUGAACCAGAAUCCCCAAAUCUGGACCCAAAAAAGUACAAAAACAUAAACGAGGGUUUUGACAACGACACGGAGUCUGUGGGAGUCAGCUCAGUCAAUAUUUCUUUGAAAAGUGAUACAGACUAACGAAUAAACCAAAAACUGUUGGGUUGGAGAGAAAAUGCUGACUAACACAAUUUGGUAACAUAAAAAACGAUGGCAUAAAACUAUUUCUUUCUGGAUUUUGAAUAAUAUUAUCAUUUUUUUUAUUUGCUGUACUUAACUUUUUCAACUUAAUAUCUCAAGCAUUUAAAUUACGUUUUCUACUCAAAAAAUUAACUUGAGAUAAUUUCGUACAAUUAAACAAUCCUGGUCAUUCUAGUUCACUGUGUGAAAUGUAUUGCAAACUUUGUACACUUUUAAA